GAGCUCUAAAGCCCAUAAAACCAACAUUUCCAUCCAUCAAAAUGGUUUGGCAUUACUUACUUACUAGGCAAUCCCAGAAUUCUUAAAUGUUUGAAAAAGAUGGCAGUGCCAUCUAUUUUUGAAUGGACAAUAUCCCCCAAGACACUUGAAGUGGCUAGAAAAAGAAGGCUAUUAAAACGAAGAGAAAGGACAGAAACUGCGGAACCCCACCAAGAGGACAACAUUACUGUGGUGAAAAGUAUCUUGGGAGAAGGAUCAACAGUUGAAGACCCAGGAACAUCAGAAAUGGUCGUGUGCAACCUAGACAUUGGGGCUGAAGAAAUUGUUGGUGAGUUCUGUGAAGACCCAGGUCCAGAAGUAAUAGCUAUUGGGUGCAGUAAUACCACAGAAGAGGAGAUAAAUGUAUUAGAAUCAGUUAAACAACGUUAUCUUUCAUUUGAAAGGAUAAAGGACAAUAACAAACUUGUCAAUCACUACACUGACUUGGACAGUACAGCGACUUUUUUUACUAUGUUGUGGUCAUUAGGGAGAGGGGUUGAUAAAUUAAAUUACAUUUAUACACAGUCUUGUGAAUGUCUGUGUACACAUGACCAACUUUUAUUAAUGUUAAUUAGAUUAAGGCAGCAUUACCCUGUAAUUGAACUUGCUAGAAUGUUUGAUAUUUCCAGUUAUACUGUUCAAAAUAUAUUUAUUACAUGGAUUAAUUUUUGUGCUGUUCAGUGGGGGGAAAUAAAUAUGUGGCAUAAAAGGAGUUCAUUUCAAGCAAAAGGGUUCAUGUUGAAAGGACUAUUGGUAUGGCAAAAGUUUACAAAAUUUGUAAACAGCCUUUAAAUUCAACAGAAAGUAGACUAGCUACUCAAAUACUUAAGGUAUGUUUUUUUAUGUAACUUCAGGAAGAAUAUUGUAUCUCCCAAUGCUUAAACUUAAAUUUGUAUUUUGUAAAGAACUGCUGUAUUCUAUUAAUGAACUUUUUAUUGUAUGUAUUGACUCAAUUUGUUGUUUUUCAA